UAUCAUUGCAGUUCUUGAUACCAUACGAUGAUUGUCAAAACUACAACGCCGGCAACAAAAACGGUAAUGCCUUCCGACCCGUCUAUACGGGGCAAUGCAUUCUUCUCGGGUAGACCGGSAAUCGAAGGAACUUUCGGUUGCAAGAACUGGAACAAUGUCAAACUCAAUGUGAACGACCAUCGCGAUGCCUUUGGGCGUUCACGGGUGCAAGUGCGAUUGGCGGUAUCUCUUACCCUUGCCGUUUUGCCGGKUGCCUCCCUGAUUCCAUCGUYCGCCUAUAGUCUCGUUCCUUUGUCWAUCUCCGCACCUGCCACUCCUCCAACUGUCCAGAGCAUCACUGCUCAACCGUCCUCCAUAAUAAUAAGCAACGCAGCAUCGGAACUGGACCAACCCACGAGACAAUCCUUCGAUGCCGCCCGCCUCCUGCUGGAGGAUUUCAAUUUCAAGAAACGACMCAAACUCCCGGCCUCCGUCAAGAGGCAGAUGGAUAUGCAAGACUAUCGCCUUGCCAACUGCCGUGACUCGUCAGAGGCCGGGAACUGGGACCAGUGCUUUUUUUAUGGAAUGGACGGUGCUAGCGGCGGCGCGUUUGGGGCUGACAACGAGGGAGGAAGAGCAUACUAUUUUAGCGAUGUAACACCGACCUCGCCAGCAUCAUCAUCAACGACGGCGAGUGGGAAACCCAAGGUUCCAACCUGGUAAAAGGAAAUAUUUUUCAGCUGUAUUGGCAGCUCAUCUUCGAAAAUGCGUUGCCAUGUCACUUGUAUAUUUAAGA